CUGCUUAUCAACCUUGCCUGGGCAGCCAUCUGCGCGAUCCAUCUACCGGUAAAAAAAGAAAAGGGAACAGUAUCAUACCAUGGCGGUUGCUGGUUUAUUUUUCUCCUGCCGGGCUUUUGCGGGAAGAGGCACACACAAGCGGGGCCAACGCCGCUCCGUAGAGGUAGCAUCGAGACCCGGAUUCGAAGUUCAGCUGCGUGCAGGGGAUCAGCUCUGCUCGGUGAAGGCCGGGCAGACACGGGCAGUUGGAGAGGGAGGGGGGCCGGAUAUUGGCAUUUUGCGCUAUUGGAGGGGACCCUGGAAGAAGAUGGGACGAAUAAUAUCCAUGGAGGGGGUGAACGGCAGAGAGGAAUGGAUCCGACCAACAGGGCAAAGAAAACGAAAAAGAUCAAUAGAUUGCCGCGGAGAUGGUUGGCAGUGGAGGGUUGAUAGCGGCAGUUGCGGAGGGAUAAGGAAAAGUGGAAGAGAGAUACUGUAGAGAGAGAGAGAGAGUGUGUGUGUGCGUGGGUGUAAGUGGGUGGAAUGACUAACCGCUAC